AUGGAAUUUCUAGCUCUCUCAGUGGUGCUCUUAAUGGGAACUUGGGCGGAGUCAGCGGAAGUGGAUUUGGGGCCAAUGGACGGAAACGUGGGUGGAGGAAUCGGGGGUGGAAUUGGAGGUAGUGGAAUAUCUAAUUCUAUUGCUGGUUCUGUAAGUGCAAAUUUGGGAGGCAAUCUAGGAGGUGGUCUCGGUGGAAGUGGACUAUCUAGUUCUCUCAACGCUGGUUUGAGUGGAAACUUGGGAGGUAGUCUAGGAAGCGGAAUUGGCGGCAGUGGCAUUUCAGGUUCUCUGACUGGUGCACUUAGUGGAAAUUUGGGAGGUGAAAUUAGUGGUGUUGGAGCCGGCAGAUCUAUCUCCAUCAGCAUAAAUGCAUACCUUAGAUUGAUUUCUUAUAUCUCUGCUCUUCAACAAGCUGUUUAUAGUGCCAAUACCUUAGCAGCAGGAUUAAGCGGUGGAAUUAGUAGCGGAAUCAGUGGAGUAGUUGGUGGUGGAGUAGGAGGUGGAGUAGGAGGAGGAUUCACUGGUGGAUUAGGAGGUGGAGUAGGAGGUGGAUUAACUGGUAGUGCUGGUUCUAAUUUUGCUGGACAAUUUGACGGUGGAUUCACUGGUGGUGCUGGGUCUAAUUUUGUUGGACAAUUUGACGGUGGAUUUGCUGGUUCUGUUGGUAGAAAUGGAUUCGUCUCCAGAGAUGCUAGCAGCAGAUUUGUUGGUUCUGAUGGUAGAACUGGAUUUGUAACCGGCGGUGCUAGUAGUCAAUUUGCUGGACAAGUUGGCAGUGGAUUCAUUUCACAACAACAAAGUAGAAGUAUUGGAAUUGGUGGUGCAGGAGGUUUGAAUGGAGGAAUUUCCGGUGGAUUAAGUGGUGGAGUUUCUGGGGGAGUAAGCAGAAGUAUAGGAGGGGCUGCAGGAGGACAAAGUAGUGCAAGCCUUUCAGGUAAUAUCCAAGGAAGUAUAAGAAGUGGAUUCGGCGGCAGUGCUGUAGGAAAAGUAAGUGGUUCAAUUAGCGGAGCAAUUGAUGGAUCUAUUGGUGGAAAUUUAGGAAACAGCUUCGGAAGUGGAAUUGGAAGCAACGGAAUUUCUAGUUCUCUAAGUGGUGCUCUAAGUGGAAACUUGGGUGGAGUUAGUGGGAGUGGAAUAUCUAAUUCUAUCAACGCUGCUUUAAGUGGUAAUUUGGGAGGAAGUCUAGGAGGUGGAUUUGGCGGUAACGGACUCUCUAGUUCUUCUCUCAAUGCUGCCCUGAGUGGAAACUUGGGUGGUUCUAUCGGCAGUGGUUUUGGCGCAAGUGGAGUAUCUAAUUCUCUCAACGCUGCUUUAAGUGGAAAUUUAGGAGGUAGUCUAGGAGGUGGUCUCGGCGGUAGUGGACUAUCUAGCUCUCUCAACGCUGCUUUGAGUGGAAAUUUGGGAGGUAGUCUAGGAAGCGGAAUUGGCAGCAGUGGCAUUUCAGGUUCUCUGGCUAGUGCUCUUAGCGGAAAUUUGGGAGGUGGAAUUAGUGGUGUUGGUGCCGGCAGAUCUAUCUCCAUCAGCAUUAGUGCAUACCUUAGAUUGAUUUCCUACAUCUCUGCUCUUCAACAAACCAUCUCUGCCAAUACCUUAGCAGCAAGUUUGAGCGGUGGAAUCAGUGGUGGAAUCAGUGGAGGAAUUGGUGGUGGAGUAGGAGGUGAAUUCACUGGUGGUGCUGGAUCUAACUUUGCCGGACAAUUUGACGGUGGAUUUGCUGGUUCUGUUGGCAGAUCUGGAUUCGGAACUGGAGUUGGAAGCAGCGGAUUUGCUGGACAAUUCGGAAGUGGAUUUAGUGCACAAAGUGGAAAUAUCGGAGGAAUUGGAGGAGCAGGCGGUUUGAGCGGAGGACUUUCCGGGGGAUUAAGUGGUGGAUUUUCUGGUGGUCUCGGAGGCGGUAUUGGGGGAGGUGCUGGAGGAAUCAGUAGUGCAAGCCUUCAAGUUUUAUAUUUACAUCAAGGUGCUCUUCAAGGAAGUCUAAGCAGUGGAAUUGGCGGCAGCGCUGGAGGAAAAGGAGCAGCAUAUUAUUAA